UUCUCUUGUACCCAUUUUUAUGCGGAAUUUUGGUGCCUCCCGUGAUAGCAAAUGUUAAAACCAACACCACAGUUUUCAUGUUCACAGCUUCAGAUUUAGUCACAUUUUCUUGUAGUUAGAGAGAGAGAGAGAGAGAGAGAGAGAGAGAGAGAGAGGUUUGCAGAUGUAAAAGAGUGAAGUUAUAGUAUUACAACUUAAUCGGUAAAAAUGGCAGGAUCGUCUGGAAGAACAAAGAGGAAGAUAAGGUGGAGCAAACUGUAUUCUUUUGCAUGCUUCAGACCUGUCACAACUGAGAAUGAUCCAAGCCAGCAGCUCCUUGGCCAGCCGGGGUUUUCGCGGGUGGUUUUCUGCAACGAGCCUGAGCUGCACAAGGCCAAGCCUUACAAGUACCCCAAGAACUAUGUCUCCACAACCAAGUACAAUAUCAUGACUUUUCUUCCAAAAGCGCUUUUCGAGCAGUUCCGAAGAGUUGCCAAUCUGUAUUUUCUGUUGGCAGCUGUGUUGUCCGUCACUUAUUUGGCUCCUUUUCAACCAAUAAGUUUGAUUGCUCCUUUGGUCUUUGUGGUGGGGGUUAGCAUGAUCAAGGAGGCAGUGGAGGACUGGCAAAGAUUCUUGCAGGAUUUGAAUGUGAACUCAAGAACUGUAAAGGUUCACGUUGGAGACGGCGAAUUUAUUGAAAAACCAUGGCAAGGACUGUGUGUAGGAGAUGUUGUGAAGGUUAACAAGAAUGAAUAUUUUCCUAGUGAUCUCCUCUUACUAUCUUCCAGCUAUGAGGAUGGCAUAUGUUAUGUAGAGACCAUGAACCUUGAUGGAGAAACUAAUCUCAAGGUUAAACGAUGCUCGGAAGCCACACUUGGCCUUGUCAAUGAUCAAUCAUUUGUUUUAUUCAGGGCUACCGUCCGCUGUGAGGACCCGAAUCCUCAUCUCUACACCUUUGUAGGGAACUUAGAGUUGAAAAAUGCAUCAUUUCCCUUGUGUCCUGCCUCACUUCUCCUAAGAGAUUCAAAGCUUCGGAACACUGAUUAUAUUUAUGGGGUUGUGAUUUUUAGUGGACCAGACACAAAAGCUGUGAGGAACUCAACAAGAUCACCAUCUAAGCGCAGUCGGAUUGAAAGAAAGAUGGAUCUUGUCAUCUACCUUCUCUUUUCGAUGCUUCUGUUGAUUUCACUGGUCACUUUGAUUGGUUUUGCAGAGUUUUUGAAAACGGAGAUGAUUAAGUGGUGGUAUCUUUCUCUAGAUGAUAAAGAUCCAUUUUUUCAACCAUCAAAGCCUGAGGUAUCUGGUUUCCUACAGUUCAUAAGGGCUCUUAUUUUGUAUGGUUACUUGAUCCCCAUUUCUCUCUAUGUUUCCAUUGAGGUUGUCAAAGUUUUACAAGCCAUGCUCAUUAACAAGGACAUCAAAUUGUAUGAUGAAGUUACAUGUAAAUCUGUUCAAACGCGAACAUCAAAUUUAAAUGAAGAGCUUGGUCAGGUGGAGAUGAUUCUGUCUGAUAAAACGGGGACUUUGACGUGUAACCAGAUGGAAUUCAGGAAAUGCUCUAUUGCUGGAAUUUCGUAUGGGGGUGAUGUAAAUGAAAUUGAUCGUGCAGCAUCUCAACGGAUGAAUGUUGAUGUUGAGUCAUAUUGUUUUAGUAUUGAUGAGUUUGAAACAGCAAGCCAAAGCUGCGAAAUGUUUGAGUUCUCAGUUGGUGACAUUAGCACUGAAAGGGCUAUUCUAGGUGGACAAAGACAUGAGCAGAAUUAUUCAAGUGCAGAAAACUCGAGAAUCUCGAACGUGGAGGAAGAAUCUGCCAUCAAGGGUUUCAACUUUAGGGAUGGCAGGCUUAUGAACAAAAAGUGGAUGUACAGAUCCAACUUAUCCGAUGUAACAAUGUUCUUUCGAGUCAUGGCUCUAUGUCACACAGGCAUACCUGUUGAGGAGGAUGAGCUAACUCAUAAGCUAAAGUAUGAGGCAGAGUCACCGGAAGAAGUAUCUUUUCUAGUUGCUGCUCAAGAGUUUGGAUUUCAAUUUUUUCGAAGAAGUCAGUCCUUUAUGUUUCUUAAGGAAUUUGAUCCUUCCACGGGAAAGGAGGUUGAGAGGAAGUACAAACUUUUGAACCUUUUAGAGUUCUGUAGCACUCGGAAAAGGAUGUCUGUUAUCAUAAGCGACGAAGAUGGUCAGAUCAUUCUACUCUGCAAAGGUGCAGACAACAUUAUCUUCGAUAGGCUUGCAGAAAAUGGAAGGGCAUACCAACAGGCAACAACCCUACACCUUUCCAAUUAUGCAGAAGAUGGAUUCCGCACUCUGGCAUUUGCUUACCGGAAACUUGAGGCUGCUGAGUAUGAACAAUGGAACUCAAUAUUCAAGGUGGCCAAGACAACAAUAGGUCCCGAAAGGGAAGAAGUGCUAGAGAAAGCAUCUGAAAUGAUCGAAAAGGAUUUGAUUUUAUUAGGGGUUGCUGCUGUUGAAGACAAGCUACAAAAGGGGGUUCCAGAAUGCAUAGAUAAGCUUGCCCAAGCCGGGAUAAAAAUAUGGCUGCUCACCGGUGACAAGAAGGAAACUGCCAUAAAUAUAGGAUUUGCUUGCAGCUUGCUCCGGCAGGAUAUGAAGCAAUUUCAUCUGAGCUUGGGUAGAGAAACUGCAACUAUUCCAACUAAUAACCAACUGAAGGCGAUGAAAGAUGACAUUUUAAACCAACUCGAAAGUUUUCACAAACUGAAGUCUGAAGAAGGCAAUGAUAAUGCACCCUUGGCUUUGGUAGUAGAUGGAAAAGCUCUUGAAAUUGCUCUCAGAAGUGAUGUGAAGGACCAGUUCUUACCAUUGGCUGUUAAUUGCGCUUCUGUCAUAUGCUGCCGCGUCUCUCCAAAACAGAAGGCUUUGAUUACGCGAUUGGUAAAGGAACAUACUGGGAAAACAACCUUGGCAAUUGGAGAUGGGGCAAAUGAUGUUGGCAUGAUUCAAGAAGCUGAUAUUGGAGUAGGAAUCAGUGGCAUGGAAGGAAUGCAGGCAGUCAUGGCCAGUGACAUAGCAUUGCCUCAAUUCCGAUUUUUGGGGAGAUUACUUAUAGUUCAUGGGCGUUGGUGUUACAAAAGGAUUUCAAAAAUGGUUCUCUACUUCGUGUACAAGAACAUUGCGUUGGGGCUCACGCUGUUCUACUAUGAGUUAUCCUCAAGAUUUGCAGGGGAGGUCUUCUACGACGACUGGUAUAUGGCCUUGUUCAAUGUGAUUUUGACAUCUUUACCUGUUAUAUCAUUGGGAGUCCUUGAGCAGGACGUUUCAUCAGAAGUGUGCCUCCAGUUUCCAGCUCUUUAUCAACAAGGACAGAAGAACAUAUAUUUCACGUGGUACCGGAUUAUUGGUUGGAUAGUAAACGGCGUGGUUGCUUCUCUAGUCAUAUUCCUUGCAAACAUAUACACUUUCUCCCCUAAUUCAUUUCAGAAGAAUGGCCAAGUUGCAGACAUCACACACCUUGGUGCCAUGACAUACACCUGCAUAAUCUGGACCGUCAAUUGCCAGAUUGCGCUGAUCAUCGACCGGUUCACUUGGAUCCAACAUCUUUUCAUAUGGGGUAGCAUCAUGAUCUGGUACGUGUUCUUGUUGGUAUACGGUGCAUUCCCUCCUGCCUACUCUCAAAGAGGAUUUCGUGUCCUAAUCGAAGCUCUUGGCCCUGCACCGUUGUAUUGGACUGUCACAUUAUUCGUUGUGGUUGUUUCGCUGCUACCCUACUUCAUUCACAUCGUCAUCCAACGGUCAUUCUAUCCGUUGGACGAUCAUGUGAUUCAAGAAAUGAAGCACUGCAGGAAAGAUGUUGCAGUCAAGCAAAUGUGGGAGAGGGAGAGAAGCAACUCCAUAAAGAUGACUCAGGUUGGGGUUUCGGCUCGGGUUGACGCGAGAAUUCGGGUUCUGAAAGAACAGUUGCACCACAAGAAACAGUUGAUAUACAGAUCAGUGACAAGCAGUCCAAUAUUUAGAUCACUGACAAACAGCCCAGCCUAGUGGAAAUUUGCCACCUUCUUAUUCUUUUAUUCAUUAACUUGUAAGCAUUGUCUAAAUAUAGUGCGUUCAGUUUCUUGAUA